CUUGAUCCUACAAAGUGACUCGGUGAGCUGUUUAGAAUUCUUCUCCGAGUCCUCUCCAAGAAAAUGUUUGCGCUUCGAUCGCGUUGCGCGUCCCGCACCGCCAAUUCGCGUCUUUUCUCAACUUCGACGCGCCUCCUUGCUCCAAACGAUGCACCAAAACCACCUCGGUCAAUCGACGACUCGACUUCUGCACUGGACUACAAAAGAGCACAGCGGAUACGUCCACCGCCUCUUCCUGCUAUGGACCUUCCAAGAUCUCGUAGUGCAGAAGAGGCUGUCACGAACAUCCUCUAUAAUACCCCUCCUCCGAGUUUGCAGCCUUUUAAAAAACAUAUCCUCAAUUGCUUGGUACAAAACGAACCUGGUGUUUUAUCCCGCGUUUCUGGUAUUCUUGCUGGACGCGGGUUUAAUAUCGACUCUUUGGUGGUGUGCCGGACUGAAAUUCGGGACUUAAGUCGGAUGUCCAUCGUCAUUAGCGGACAGGAUGGAGUUGUGGAGCAGGCAAGGAGACAACUAGAAGACCUCGUACCUGUAUGGGCUGUUCUCGACUAUACAGACACCCGCGUCAUCACGCGUGAAUUGCUCCUCGUCAAAGUGUCCAUCCUCGGUCCCGAGUAUCUGGAGGAUCAACUCGUAGGUGGACCAUCGCAUGAACCGAGGCGGGGUCCCCUCCCACCUCACCGCGAGACCAAGCUCGAGAAAGAGACCACGCUUGCCCACAAUUUCGAGCGUGGUGCUCACCCCAACUCCCAUACAGAGACACCACCCCCAUUGACGCCCUCCGAGGCCCUCCGUCAUAAACACCAGCACCUUCAAUCCAUCUCUGUCUUAGCCGACCAGUUCGGAGCAAAGAUCGUAGACGUGAGCGAGAACAGCGUCAUCGUCGAACUCACAGCAAAAACGAACCGCGUCGUCGCGUUUUUGAGCUUACUUAAGCCAUUUGGAAUUCUGGAGUCUGCUCGGACUGGUCUCAUGGCAAUGCCGCGGACACCUAUCACGCGUUCAUCCGAUGAUUCUGACGACGCGGUGGACGAGAUUGGUUCUGUAGACGCUAGUCUGCUUCCCCCUGGUUAGAUGGCGAUUGCACUCUCAUUCGUCGAUCUCGUGAUAUGUAUUGUUUAAGAUAUAUCAUGCCAGCAAAUCUAUCUAACAAGGAAUUCGGAGGAUCUAUCGAUUCAUAACUCUUAUCUUGUAAUCUUCUGAUAAGCAUAGAGUCACUUGCUAUGACGCCACCCAUGAGGACACAGAUGCUUCUGAUAUGAUAUGGUCACUCUGGUGAGAUCUGGCUUAGUCUCCUGCCGUAGGCAGACCCAAAAGGCUUCGUUAGAUCUAAUGUCUGGCCGGAACUCGAGCCACGAGAAAAGCACCACUAUAUUCACGUAUAUUGAUUAUCGACCUCGUUCGUAGCCUACAAGUUCGUCGUACACAAAGAUGACAUAGUAUACGAGACCAAGACUGUAUGAUGA